AUUGUACCGUAUACUGUUAUUGCCCGUGCAUUGUGAGUGGACCGAGUGCUGGUGGACAAAGCCGUCAGCUGUAAAAUGUUAAUGUUACGUAUCGGUAAUUACGGUAUAGGUACAAGCUCUCGUUCCUGAUCCUGAACAACGCCGCGCGGAGAAUCCGGUUCCCCAUCUUUCUGGACCUCAACGGGCUCCGCCUGCGCCCCAUCCUAGAAGCAGGGCUAACGUUAGACUGGAUUGAACACAAGAUCACAACUUCCUAUUUUCACAGAGCACGAACGUUCAUGGACUUUGGCUUUGCGGUGUUGCUGCCUCGGCUACCCACGACGAUCGCGGCUAAGCCGCCGGGUCAGCUUAGCCAGUAUACCGUACGUCGAUCGGUAGUGGAGCCCCGGAGUGGAGGCAGGAGGAGCUAACUGUUACUGUUAGGCGGAGUUCCCUAUCUGCAUCCGGCUCGGCGCGGCUGAGCCGCGUGCACUAAUGACGUGAAUUUUCUUUGUUGGCUUUCGGAAGGUGACUCUAAAGGAUUGAGCAGCAUGGAGAUAAUGUUCCAGUGAGUGGAUGACCAGGACCUUGAUGAUCAGCUGAUGAGGACUUCUUUCCUAUUGGAAAGACCAGAUCUGAUCUGACAGCUAAGCUUCAUGAAAGUCACAUGCUGUUAUAUUUCAGGACCUUCAGAUGGACACCUUAGUUGACUCAAAUGUAUUCUCUUGAAUAGUCCAUAGGAGUUAAGAUUGGCGGUACUCAAAAGUAUCUAUACGAAGAUUUUCAAAGAUCUGGAGCAGCAAACCUGCCUAAUCAAAAGAACUCUUUGAUAGUAAUCGAGAGUGAAGUGGACAAGCCUAGAAAUCUUGAGAUAUUAACAAGAUCAGAAGUAUAAUGAUUGGCGUAGUGGUGGUAACAGAACCGAGGAUGACCUAGAAUUCCUGGUACUGUCGAUGGUGAAAAGAAGUGACGGUACCAUGGGUGACGAUUUUUUUGUGAUUUCUGAUAGUGAGGAUGAGGAGUAUCCUUCAACCUCUUCUGGGAAUGGUCACAGUAGAUCAGGGGGAGUGAGGUCAAGACAGAAUUUAACCCCCAACCAAAGUGAGAAGGUGGGAAACGACGAGCUAGAAAGUGAUGUCAUACUUUUAUCCUCGGAGACUGAUUCAGACUCUGACUCGGAUUAUUUACCGGAUCCUUUCAUCAGAGGCAAUGAUGAUGGUAUUGUCAAAAGAAAGAAAAAGCAAAAGAAAAGUAAAAAGAAGGUCAAUGUCAAAUGGCCAGAAUGUCAAACUCGGCAUGCCAGAGUAAAGCAAGAAGUCAACGAAUCUUAUGAAGAUCUAGCUUUUCAAGCGGAAACAAUUUGUGAUAGUAAUCAAGACAACUCUAGACAUGUGAGAAAUGGGCCCACUUCAGAGGAUUCUGAGUGUGAUGAUCGUGAAGAGGAAGCAGCCAUUGGUGCUUCUAAAGGAAACCCUCAACAGCAGGAUGCUGAAGGACUUGCAAGUGAUGAAGAAGGCAACAUAAUAACUCUUCAUGAUCUUGACAGUGAGACUUACAGUCAAGUUGCUCCUGUGGAGCCUUAUUUUAGUCCUUUUGACCUGCAUAGUCCUGUGAAUCAUGCGACUUCACCAUUAUCAUCAGCCAGAACUUCAUGUACUUCACCUUCAGUAACAAAGGUACCUCAGGUUUUAUUGCAAAGAUUGCCACCCAAUGAUUUACCUUCUAGUGCGGAGAGUUCAUCAGGCAAUCCGAGCAGUGUUUCACCAUCAGCCAGUCCUGGUUCACCUUCAGUAACGAAGGAACCACAGGUUCUGCUGCAUAAACUGCCACCCAAUGAUUUGCCUUUGAGUGUGGACAGUCCGUCAGGUUUCGACAGUUCUGAUGAAUGUUCAGGUGAUUUGGACAUCCCUAAUCCGAGCUGUGUAUCAUCAUCAGCCAGUCCUGGUUCACCUUCAGUAACGAAGUUACCUCAGGUUUUAUUGCAAAGAUUGCCCCCCAAUUAUUUGCCUUCUAGUGCGGACCGUCCGGUAGGUGUCGAUAGUUCUGGUGAAUCUUCAGGUGAUUUGGACAUCCCUAAUCCGAGCAGUGCUUCACCAUCAGCCAGUCCUGGUUCACCUUCAGUAACGAAUGAACCACAGGUUUUGCUGCAAAAACUGCCACCCAAUGAUUUGCCUUUGAGUACAGACAGUCCGUCAGAUGCCGACAGUCCUGGUGAAAGUUCAGGUGAUUUGAACAUCCCUAAUCCGAGCUGUGUUUCAUCAUCAGCCAGUCCUGGUUCACCUUCAGUAACGAAGGAACCACAGGUUCUGCUGCAAAAACUGCCACCCAAUGAUUUGUGUUUAAGUGCGGACACUCCGUCAGGUGUCAACAGUCCUGGUGAAUGGUCAGAUGAUUCUCUGUCUACAAGCGGUAGAUCUACAGGUGUUCAUACAUGUACAUCAGGUGAUUCUUCAAUACAGCAUCUACUCCUGGCCCAGGCCCUGAGAUAUAAAGAAAGGAUGCAACUUAAAAUCUUCAGAAUACCACCAGCUUACAUUGAAAAUGAUGAUCUAUGCAGACCUCCUGAGGUGUCGGACGAUGACACAGACUCCGAUGAAACCUUCAUCGAGGAUGGGUAUCCGGGCACGUCGUCAAGUGAAGUUGACAACUGCAUAUCAGAACCUCCUGGCUCAGAUGAAAGUUUUGAAACCAGCGAAGUUAACCCAAAUUUGGAUUUCAGUGGAAAUGACGAUGGAUGCAAACGACCUGUUAGAAGACGUCCUGUUGUGUCUGAUGAUGACACGGACUCAGAUGAAACCUGCAUCGAUGAUGAUGAUCAGGAUACCUCAAAUGAAGCUUACAGCUGGAAAUCAGAAUCUUCUAGCUCUGAUGAAGCUAGUGUAGUUAAUCCAAGUUCUGUUAAAAGUGCUUGUCCUUCUUGUGUUGAAACAAAAGAUGAUGGAGAAACAUUUUCCGAGCCCUUUUCACCAUCCGGCGGUGCCGAGCCUGAUGAUCAGAUGGGCAAUACAGAUGGUUUUGAUACCCAGCCUUUCCAACCUGUUCUUGAUGACCAAAUUGAGUAUUCGUCAAGUAUGCACAGAGACACUUCCUCUCCUGAACAGAAUUUCGCCACAGAUUGUACUGAUCCGGACAGUGAUGGUCCUGGAGGAUCAUCCGAUCAAGAACAGGAUGGACCCCUUGACAAUUCCACAGGACAGUAUUUUCCUACAGAUUCUCAAUUGAGUUGUAGCCUUGACAGUGAGGGCACUGAAGAUAAAAAAAGCCUUUCAGCGGAAGGAACAGCAUUUUGUGGUAAAGAGGCAGAUUCCAGUUUGUCCAACCCUUCCAAUGGCCACUUACCUGGAAGAGAUUCUGACUGCCCUGAAAAGGGUGCUGGAAAAACAAAUCUUCCCUGCCUAAGACAUGCUUGGUCUCCCUCAGAAUUGGAUCCACAACAACGAUUCUUGAUGCUGCAAGGGGAAGAAUCUGAGUGUAUUUCUUUCUCGCAGAACACUCCUUCCAAUAGUGUUACCCUAAGCCCUGCGCUUUCUCAUUGUGAAACCCAAGACAUACAUGUAUCUACUUUGUCACCUGACAACUCAAUGACUAGUGGAAGUAAGAAACGCUCUCCCAAAAAGAAGAAAAGAUUCCCAAAUCUUUCAAGAGGUGAAAAAUUACUGUCAACCUUGAAAGAAAAUGAGAAGCAUAGGGAAAAGAAUGAGACAAUUACUGCACAGGAUAAUGCUGACAUUCUAUCAACAUGUAAUCCAUCCAACAAAAGUCCUGAGAUAUCUUCACAGACCCCUUCUACCUCUGUCAAGGACAUUCCUGGCACUUCGGACAAUCAACCAAGCUCAAGUUCAAUGGAUUCUUCCGAAACCCCUUCCACCUUUGGGAACCUUUCUGUGCAGGAUCACUCUUCGCUGUCACAUUCCAAUGAGGUUUGCUUUGGAGAAAUAAUGCAAGUAGAUUCAAGGACUUUUUCUAGAGACAAUCCAAGUGUGUCCAUUCCAACAAAGUCAAUUGUAGAUAACGGUCGCACCGCUUCUGCAGGCAUCUCAAAAGGACUCGGUUCUGCACGAACUGGUGUGCUGUCUAAUGGAGUCUGUAGAAAUGUCUCUUGUGGCCAUCCGAGUGUGUUCACUCCAUCAGCAAGUGCAUCUGUAACUAAUGGUCGCAGGGCUUCUACAGGAAUGUCCAAUGGACCCGGUUCUGAACCAAUCAGUGUACUACCAAGUGGAUUCAGUAGAAGUAUCUCUAGUGGCCAUCCGAGUGUGUCCACUCCAUCAUCAAGUCCAACUGUAACUAAUGGUCGCACCACCGCUACUGGCAUCUCUAAUAAAUCCGGUUCUGCAUCAACCGCUGUCCUAUCAAAUGGAGUCAGUAGAUCUUUUAAUCCAAGUGGCACUUCACACCAACAGUGUAUGGAAGCCAGGAUGCCUCCUAAGAAGCGAUGGCAUCAGCAGACAUCAAGUUUUCCAUCGGGAAGCCAUGGGUCAGUAGUCUCCACAGUGACAGAGGAAACUGGAAUUAAAGAGGCCUUGUCUUGUAUUCUUUCGUGGAAAUGUGAUUGGAUAUCAAGCAAUGAAGGAGUCCCUUCUGCGAAUGUAUUGCAAUCGUUCUUGGGGUGUAGAGAAGUACCUCAACACCAGGACGCCUUCCAAGACGUUGGAAGCUAUCAGAUGUCCCUGAUUUGCUUUUUACUCCUUGAAAUGUGGUCGAAGGUUUCCAGUGCUGUACACAGAGUUUAUGAUGUGGUAUGGAGACAGAUAUCAUGGCCAAAAGGGAUCUCAGAAGACAUUGUUGAAGUGAACUACGAACCCAUUGAUAGUUCUCAGCAAGGCCUGAUUGAUGAGGACCUGGUCCUAGUCGACAUGACGGCCAUCAAUGCUGCAGAGAACCAAUACCAAUUUGGACUGAUACGUGGGGUGUCUGAUGGGACCGUGACCCUUGCCCUUCCUUACAAGAACAAGGUUGUACCCAGGUCAACAAGACUAAAGGUUGUAACAUCCCUGAGUCAUUACAUGAACCAGAUAAGAGCGUUGCUGUCGUUUGAAAGUAACCCUCUUGCAAGGCAUAUCGCACAGCCAGAGGACCUGUCUGUAUUUGUCAAGGAUGGAAAGUCCCCUGCAGAAGGCAAAUUCUCUGAUGAUGCUGUACUGCAAUCUUUGAUGAUGUCCAUGUCAAGGUCUGCGCAGCAGCAAAAGGUGAUUCGACUGAUGAAUGGGCCAGUGGGGACCGGAAAGACUAAGUUCUUGGGUCGCUUCAUUCGACGAAUUAUAAACGAACACAGAGAUAUUCCAAAGACCUCCAAAAAUCCUUACAAACUGCUCGUAUGUGCACCUACUAAACAGUCACUGGAUGUGCUUUUGAGGAAGAUUUGGGAAUACCUAUUGAAGAUCAAACCACUUGACGGUGAAGCUGUUUCACACCAGAAAAACAUCAUAAACGGUGUACAGAUUGUGCGUGUUGGUGAAGAAGCUGAUAAACGACUAGAAGAAUUUCUCCUCUCGACUAUUCUGGCAAGAAAGAAAGAGCAAGGUGCCAAGCUUGGUGAUGCAGACCUUCGGACGAAGAUUCUUCAGCAAGCUGAUAUAGUUGGAUGUACACUUAAAGAUUGUGGAUCUAAGAUUGUGAGAGAAAGUCUCGAAGGAAAUGUAUUUGCACUCAUUGUUGAUGAUGCCUGCCACUGUUUAGAAACUGAACUUCUUCUCGCCCUUCAAUGUAAAACUAAACGUGUCUUUUUGGUUGGUGACAGAGAGCAGGAAAUUAUUCACAUUCGUUCAAAGGAGGCGAAGGAGUUGGGAUUUGGUCGUUCAAUGCUAGCAAGAAUCGCUCAGAAAUUUGCGAUGGAGGAUCAAAACACCUGUAUACAUAAUUGGGAUACUCAAUACCGCAUGGGGGCAGAAAUUGCAAAGUAUCCAUCAUCUGUGAUGUACUUGCACAAACUCAAGACUGGAAAGAAGCAAGAGUCGUUCUUCCUCCGCCCGUACAUCAUCUUUGACGUGUCCGAUGGAAAGGAAUCUAUGCAGGGAGAAUCAGUUGUCAACAAAGCCGAGGCUUCGUUCAUUAAAGAGCUAGUAUGCAGCUUCUCUGGAAAGGAAAAGUUCAGCAUUGGGAUAAUCACCGACUCCGAUGGUCAGAGGGAUCUCCUGAAAGAAAUGCUGGAAGGGCAGGAAAUUCAUAAGCCACUUGUAGGAACCCCGAUAGACUUCUUUGGCUUAGAGAAAGAUGUCAUCAUUUUGUGUUGCACGAGAACUGGAGGAACACCUGAUGAUCAUGGAUUUUUGAUGAACAAACAGGUACUGAAUCUUGUGUUGACCAGAGCCAAGUUUAGUCUCAUCAUUGUUGGCAACAUGACAAGAAUGAAGGAGUUUGCCAACUGGAAAUACCUGGUGGAUGAUGCUACUGGUAGAAAGCUUGUCUUCAGGACUUCCAAAGCAACCUACAGGGAAGAUGCACAGAACUGCAGAGAAAGACAUUCCCAAGCCAGUACAUUUAGGAAGCGAUCAGAGUCACACACUCCAAGGUCUGAAUUUCGAGGAUCAGCAGCUGGACACCAGCAGAGAGUGGGACAGCCUGGACUUUCUUUGACUAAAUCCGUGGGAAGAAGUUCACCGGGAGACCAAACAAGAUUGGGAACCGCUGGACGUUCUCCAUUGACUGGAUCUAAAGUUCAGGUAUUGCCGGACCAGCAGACAUGGAGCUGGAACGGACUAUGUCCGACAACUGAAUCUGAAGCUUCGCAGAGAAGAGAACAAGCAGGACCUUCCAAUGGAAUGGAGCUCGUUUUUGAGAGCAGACACAACCCACCUCAUGAAGGGAAUCCCGCCUAUGGUAAUAGCCAGGGUCCAAUGGAAGAAGAGGUGUUGACCCCUGCAGUGGACUUCUCUGGGCAUCCUGACAUGGACUCUGGAAGCCGGUCAUCCGAGGCAUUGUUCAAUGAAGGUAGCAACUCCAUGAUUGAAGAACAUGUGCAGCAUAAUCGGAAAGUAAUUGUUGUGGAUCAGCCUAGGGCUGUGGAAGUUCCGUGCCAUGGACAGGAGGAGAAAAGACGAUCAACACUUAGACAGGUUUCCGUUGAUAAUGACAAAGGUUACAGGGGGAAGAGGCGUGUGAGCUUUAAUACAGCUACAGAAGAUCAUCAGAGACCAGCAAAGGUACCAAGGACGAAGGACUCUGCCCAAGAGACAUCCUCUCAGAUGAACUCAUCCACGAGUAGCGAUUAUCCACAAACAUCCAGAGGCUCUUUUCAACCCAGGGGCAUCCUAAAGAAGCCGCGGGAAGCCAUAUCAGCAACAAGUCUUGGGAACGGAUUGAGUACAGACCAAGACAAACCCAGCAACACCCAUAGUCCUCGAAGACGGAGAGGAAAUGGCUCUAGUUACAUUCCAAAUCACGGGAGUGAUGACAGGGAGAAUUUGCAUGAGAUCGGCGUUGGUUUGAGGAACAAUGAGAGGAUUUCAAGAAAGGGAAAAAGUAUAGGAGGUCGCACUUUCGGUAAGUUCAGACCUCAGAGAUCAAGAAGAAAAGAUAAUAAUUUCAGGAGUAAAAUGAGACCUUCUGGUGAGGAUGCUGAUGCAGAAAUGGCCCAAAGUCAUCAAGAUUUACAUAGUAAUUCAACAGGACAAUAUCAGAGCCAUGGAAGCAAUCGGCAACAAGAGCGUGUAGAUCAGUAUCCUCAACCCCUGUCCCAUUCACAUCAUUCGCUUUAUGAAAGACCAGAGAAUAGAAGGAGUGAAGGGAGACAUUGGAGUGAGUCCACCAAUGGGGGAACAUUUCAAAGUCGGUUUGUUUCACAUGGAAAUUGGAGGGGCCGGUCUUGGAGACGGGAUAAUAAUCAGCAGCGAGGCAGGUCGGACGAACGAUCGCAACGUCAAAGCCGUCAAGAGCCACCGCCAGAAAGACAUCUUGAGAGAUUGGAAUCUCUCGACCGACUUGCCACCGAUCCUGCACAACCAGAAAGACAUCUUCAGAGAUUAGAAUCGCUCGACCGACUUGCCACCGAUCCUGCGCAACCAGAAAGACAUCUUCAGAGAUUAGAAUCGCUCAACCGACUUGCCACCAAUCCUGUGCAAUUAGACCCAACGAUGGAGCAUCACAGAUUAGUCAACCAGGCAUCUGGCGGUCGCUCUACCGAGCUAACGGCACCUCUGCCAAAUGUAAGAAGAAGGGUCAGGUGUAACCCUGUCAAAGAUAGCCAGAUGGAUUAUCAAGAUUGAACCCUCCACAGUUCAUAACCUUUCACAAAACCUUGUCAUGGUCUACUGUAACAAGCUACUAAAAUGAAGCGAUCGAUUGGCUAAGGACAAC